AUGGUGCGAACUCCAAAUGGAAAACUCUUUAAUCGACCAAUCGACUUAUUUUAUCCACUGGAAGUAAGUGAAGAGGGCAAUGAAGAAGCCCGAAUAACAACAGCGGCAAAGGAUAAACUAGAGGAACCAAUUGCUCUCCGAACAGGAGAGGCACAAAGAAGAUUAUUUAACCAGGUAGUAAAAGAAAAAGAAACUAAAACUAUUACUUACUAUUUUUCACCAAUUCUACCUAUAAUCUCGACUUAA